AUGCGUGAUGGAGUCCAAGCCGCCACCGUGGACACCGUGGAUGAUUCUCAUUCUCUGUCCCAGCAGGCUAUCCAACUUGCGGCGAUCAACCAGAUCAUUGAUGGAUCUGGCACUGUUGUCGACAUCAUGAUGCCCACUGAGCCGCAAAAGACCCGAGGACGACCUAAAGGGGCGCCAAACAAACCACGGACAACUAAAAGAGACCCAUCAGCCUUUGAACAUGUCGAGAAAAAGCGGAAGGCCGAGGAAACACAAGCAACGGCGGCAAAGAAAAAGAAGUUCAAAGACCUCCGAGCCGCAGAGAAGGCCAUGCAAAAAGCCGAACAGAAGGCCGACAACAAAGAAGAAGUGAAGAAAGCUGCCACUGCGCCAAAGAAGAGGGUCCUCCCAGCCCGAAGCACACGAGCAAAAGCUGCCGUGAAAGAAGUUGAUUUGGCGAAUGCAGAAGAUAUUCAGCAGGAGAAGGACGCACCAGCACCAAAGGAGGAUUUGUCCAAGGAGAACGCCGAGCCUGCCCCCAAGAAAAAGAUCCGAUCGAUCAAAACAGCCAGCCUCAAACCGCAACCACCACAACCCAAACCGCCUCAAGAUGAUGAGCCUGAAGAGCAGAACGGCCGAGUUGAACAACUCCCAGAAAUCAUCAAAAGCUCAGUCCAAAGAAUCCUAAGCCCUGCGUCCGAUGGACACUGCGGAUACCGCGCGAUUUCUUGGUGUUUGGGUCGUGGUCAGGGCGAAUACAUGCGGGUCCGCCAGGAAAUGAUUGACGAAAUCCAGAACCGGCGUAAUUGGUAUAUCCAACAGGGUAGCUUCCACCGGAUCGAUGAGGUAAUGAGACAACUCACGGUCACCUCUUCAGCUCCAUGCAGUGAGGACAAAUGGAUGUCUAUGCCAUGCAUGGGUGACGUCAUGGCCAAUGCAUUCCAGAGACCUGUUUUCUUUUUCUCCCUGAUUUGGUCUCAAACUCACUUCCCUUAUAUCUGUCCCCCAAACAACAAUCCCCCUGUUGAAACUAAGACCGAUUAA